AAAUGAUCUCUCGCCACCUUCUUCUUUAUUUACUGUUUAUUAUUUAUUUACUGAAUGUUGUCACUUAAAGCCAUUUGGAGAUUCUCAGAUUUUUGAAACUUUUUGGAAAAUGAACAAAACUGUGAGUCCUUUGGUAGUAUAGCCGUGGCCUCUGACCACACUGGGCAGCAUUACAAAGGAGCAGAGUCACAGCCUCAUGGGGAUCAAUAAACUGUCACAUUAUCAUUAAUAACCCUUGGGGAGCUAAUGUAAUUGCCCAUUGUCCCUCUCCUUAGAACUGGUAACUGUAAGACAUAUGGUCAUUUAUUUGAUUAAGUGACGCAUAACUGGACAAUCAUGGUGACGUAGGAUGCUGAGAUGCACACCAUGUACUCGUGAUCUAACUAAAUCUCAUCCAUCCUUUGUUUAAUGCCUCUCCUAUCUCCGAUUUCAUUUCCCUUUGUGUACUAAUACAACAAAAAAAAUAAGCUGUUGUUUAAAAAUUUAUUUCACAGAUUUCUAAUGUCAUAGGUCACAUGUUGUUAUCACAUAAUGCAAUGCUGCAAAAUGUUGCCACAUGAUGACAUAUAGCCUUGGCUGAGCCCAUCACAGGCUCACCUGACUCACCUGACCAACCAGGGGCGUGGCAACGCAGAAGCUCCAUAAAUAAAAGCAUGUGAAGAAUUUCAUUCUUAACAUGGACAAACCCCAUCCACUGAGCUGCAGCACUCUCAAACCUAACCUACCUGGCAGGCUCACCAUGCUCAGAUCACGUACACUCCAUCGACUCAUCCUCUGCAAGCUGCUGCUCCUCGUGUCCCUCUCCAGCUCGGGGGAGAGCCGGCCUCACGUGGCCCCCGAAGGCACACCUGAUGCGGACAGGGCGGACAGCCAGAGGGGCUUGGUUUUGGAGGCGGUGAAGAAAGGGAUCCUCAGCUCGUUGGGUAUGGAGAGGGAACCCAGGCCAACAAAAAAGGCCACGGAGCAGGAGCUGAGGAAGAUGUAUCAGCUCUACAGAGAGACACUGAGAGAGAUGAGAGGAAAUUCCAGUCAACCGAUGAGGGAAACCUGGCAAUCCACAUUUUCUACUGUUCUCUUUCCAUCAACAGUGGGGCCAGUAAAAGUGCUUCAGAGGGGAGAACAACCACAGUCAGGGCGUCGCAUGCAGUGGUACAGAGCUGUUUUCCAUAAAAACCCAAAUAUCCAGACUGAACUGACGCUGGCUCAGGCAGAACUGAAAAUUUCCAGGCAGAUCUUAAAUAAACCCAUGUCAGUUCAGCCUGAGGUAAGACAACAGUUUAAAGUUAAAAUCAAUGGGAUGAAACUGAUGAACUCAGCUGCUUGGACACACACGGACACCCUCCUCCGUGCCAAUGUCUCAAGCACUCAAGAUGUGAUGUUGGACAUUAGUCCUGAGGUGAAGAGGUGGAUGAGAACUGGUGUUGGUCAAGCACUGGUUGUGGACGUAGGGAUGGUUGUGGUUGAUAGAGACACACUCAAGGCAAACCCUACCAUCUCUCUAGAAUUAGGCCUCAUGCAGCCCAAACCGGCACAGAGGACACGUCGCUCCAACAAGGAGGACGAGUGUGAUGAACGAGGAUGGUGCUGCCGGAAGUCAGUCACCGUGUCCUUUAAAGACAUCGGCUGGACGGACUGGGUGGUGGCCCCAGCCGAAUACACAAUGCAUUUCUGUGACGGCACCUGCCCCCACAACUACAAGCCAGCCAGCAUGCACACGCAGGUGAAGUCUCGGCUGCACCAGUUCACCAAAGGAGGGACACCUCGCCCUUGCUGCGUGCCGGCUGCCUACGAGCCCAUGGUCCUCAUGCACUAUGACAGCAGGGGAAAGUUAAAGCUGACACCUUUCAAUGACUUGAUUGUCAGUAAAUGUCACUGUGCCUGAGGAAAGAAAUGCAAGUGACUUUUUUUUUUUUUUUUUUUUUUUAACUGUAAACACCAAUGUUUGUGAGAGCAUUUCCACAACAAAGAAUACGUUACAUAGUGAAAACAAACCUGAUUGUGUUCUUAAAUGAACAUUUUUUCACAUAUCUUCACUGGUUAACUAAAUUAAAAUUGUAAUCUUAUUCUUUUUUUUUUUCCUGAAGAUGUAAAAAAAAAGUAGUUACUGUUGCACAGAGCCACUGUUCUGUUUUGCAUUGUGGAUCAAACUAGAUCUGUUCAUUCAUAUCUCAUCAUGAUUUCAAACAUAUAGCUAUUUAUUUCAUUCUUCUCUAUUUAUGGUCCUAUUUGUGUUAUUUUGUUGUUGUUGUUGUGUGUGUGAUGUUACAACAUACUUUAACACGGUUUAUUAUUUAAUUUUGCUGUUAUUAUUCAAAGUACUGUAUUGCUUUAUGAAGCACAUGGUUCAGAUAUUUUGUUAGUCGUCUGCUACAUUUCACUAAUUACACACCCAAAUAAAUGUUCUGAUUUAUUUGUACUGAACUGUUGCACUUGAAUGUAUCCACAUGUACAUUUCAGGAAUAAAGACAUGAGCCUGA